AUGGAAGCUGGUCAAGAGCUGUUUGACUGGACGGUUUCUCUACCAUCCCAACCAGUCAACCCAAUGAUACUCGAUGGAGGUGGCGCUGUCUGUGAAACAAAACGCUUUGACUCGUUUUACAAUACUUAUGGAGACCGUGUUAUUUUGCCAGCAGGCCAGAAGUACAAGUCAAAGACGACGCGAGCCAAUGACAGUGCUAUGACAGUCACAAACUACUGGGAUAAAGAACAGGAUCUCGAGAAGACUGUGCUUGAGAUUAAGUCUCCAUUCAUGAAAAGGGCACUCAAGAAGAUCAUUCCGGAGUACGCCAAUUUCAACAUCUAUAUCAAGAACAUCACCAUUACUGACGAGCCUCAUUGCCUUUUCCACUAUCGAGAAGAGCUUAUGGAUUACGGAAGGAGGAUGUCGGAGAAUCAAGAUGAGGAAGCCGCGAAACACAUCGAACACCUCGUCACACACAUGUGGGAGGUCUUCGCAACAGAGAUAAUUUGUUUCAACGCUUUGGUAUGGCUCGCGGACUUUGAACCCGGCCUGGAGCAUAAGUACUUGUGGAUGAUGUUUAGGACCGGUGAUCUUGCUUAUGUUUGGGAUGAUGAGCCAUGGGCCUUCAGAUUUAACCAGAUGACGAAAUCCGGGAAGUCCUGGGUCUUGUCUGGGGUUAACAUCGAUUAUAAUGGUCUCAACUUUGGUUUCACCAACGUUUCUGCAAGUAUUGACCAUUACGAAGGGUUGAAAGCACCCAAAGAGCUUCACGUCACUACAUUUGAUGCUUUUUCGGAAGAAGAGAAGCAAAGUAAGAGAGAGAUGUUUAUAGCUCGCGGUCGGAAAUUUGUGGGCAUUCAUGGAAAGCGUCACCUCUGGUUCGAGGAGAAUCCUAGCAAAUCCUCAGGUCGGAUGAAAACUCGAAUUAUGGCGGAUCGGGACGGCUGGAACGCUACGACCUACAUCGGCCGGAUACGUCUGCUCGAUGACCAAAAGACGUACAAGCCUGAAGACGUUCUAGAAAGUCUGACAGAAGAAGACUUCAUGAUAUGUCACACACACGUCAAAGGAUACUCGUUGAGGGAGAAUAUAUGGAAAGGCUUUCACAUUGAUGCUAUCGAAGAGAUCCGUUACGACGCAGGAGCUUUCGAUAAUCUCAUUCUUCCGAAUGAUCAGAAACAGCAGCUGCUUUCUCUUGUUCGUGUACACGAGGACGAUGGUUUCUGUUUUGACGAUCUUAUCAAAGGAAAGGGAAAGGGAAUGACUUUCCUGUUGUAUGGUGAACCAGGUCUUGGAAAAACACUUACAGCUGAAAGUAUUGCGGACUACUGCCAGAAGCCUCUUGUUCGAAUCGAUGCCGGAACACUUGGAACCUCACCCAAAUCAGUGGAGGAGGGAUUGAAGAGAGCCUUCGAUCUUGCCGAAAGAUGGCAUGCUGUGCUUCUGCUUGAUGAAGCUGACGUAUAUUUGGAGCAGAGAAGGUCGAGAAAUCUAACCCAUAAUGGGGUUAUCUCGGUGUUUCUUCGAAUGAUUGAGUACUAUCACGGGAUUCUUUUCUUGACAACGAACCGCAUCAGUGCGUUCGACACCGCCUUCAUAUCUCGCAUCCAUUUUGCGAUCUACUACCCGCCACUUACACGAUCCAGUCGAAGUGCACUAUUGCAUACCUUUCUCGGGCAGAUAUCCCUUAAGAGUGCAGAAGAUCUAAAAAGCGAUGGUAGCCUCAAGGCAAUCGCGAAAGAAAGGCUGAAUGGUCGCCAGAUCAAGAAUGUUGUUCGCGCGUCGGGUGCAUUAGCACGAAGUGACGACACCGCGGAUGGUAACAUACACAAACGCCAUUUAGAGAUGGCCUUACAGCCCAUGAGGCUGUUCAAUCGAACCAUGGAGCGCAUGAGACUGAUUGAAGCCAGACAACUAUCGGGCACCAAGGAAGAAGUAGACGAAGAAGCACAAGACGAUGAAGUGGUGUCUGAUGAGAAUGGGAGCAGUGAUGAUGAAAUGGAUGAACAGGAUGAAGAUGAUAUAGAAGAUGAAGGGAUCCGCGAAGAAACUGAAGAGUCGGAGAUUGAGAUUGACUUGACUGGUGAUCAGAACGAGGAAUUCGGACUAGACACGGAGAGUGAGAUUGACGAUGAAGAGGAUAGCAACGGGGAUAAUGAAUCUCAGCAGAAUAAGCGUAGACGACUGAUGUAA